GGGCCGCAACAAUAUAAGGGGCCGGAGGAGCGUCAGUGGGACACUUAUCUCUGGGUGACUUGUGCUACCGUGCCUGCUGUUAACACACACUGAAGUUUUUUUUACUCAUGGAUUUCCUCCGCGCUUGUGUCCUGUCCGCCGCUCUCCUCGGUCUCGCCAGGGCUUUUACGCAUCAGGAUAUGAAGGACGCGCUGCUGCAGAAACUGGGCUUGGACGAAGUUCCGAAAAUCCAUAAGAGGGAUCUGGAGAACCUGGUCGUUCCGGCGCAUAUCAGAAACAAGUACCUGUCCAUGCUGAAGAUGCACCACAGCAGGAGACGCAGGUCCCUGCCCAGCCUGGCAGGCAUCCUGAGGGGAAUCCCUGGUAACGCAGAUAUUUCUGGGGAGUAUGUGUACUCUGACACCGCUCGGUAUCGCAUGGUGUUCAACAUGGAGGCGAGGAUCCCCGAUAACAGCGAGGUGACCAUGGCGGAGCUGAAGCUCUACCAGCGGGCCAACUACCACAAGCGCUUCACGGUGGAGAGAAGAAGCCACCACCGGCCCGUCAACAACGCCCGGGUCAGCAUCUACUGGGUGGAGGUUUUGCCCAACGGAUCCAACCGAACAUCGCUGGUAGAUUCGAGGUUGAUCCCCAUUCACGAGACCGGCUGGAAGAGCUUUGAUGUGACCCAGGCGGUGCACUAUUGGUCCAAGACGCAGCAGAAGACACCUAUGCACCUGGAGGUGUGGAUCGAGGGCGAGAGACCUGGCAGCUACGCGGCAGAGAUGGCCAGGAGUGUCCACUUUACCACCCAGGAGCAGACGGACAACACCUUGGGAAAGCCCGAGCUCAUCCUCUACACACUCAGCCUCGAAGAGUACGGUUCUCGUGGUGACUGCGACAUCAACCACAACAAAGACACCUGCUGCAGGGAGCAGUACUUCAUCAACUUCCGCGCGCUCACCUGGACACAGUACUGGAUCAUCGAGCCGGCAGGUUAUCAGGCCUUCAGGUGCACUGGGGGUUGCAAGCAGCCCAAGCGCAACUAUGGCUAUGGCGAGCGGAGGUGUACAGUGUCCGAGAGUGCCCCCCUACCCAUCAUGUACCUGGUGAAGAAAGGGGACUACACUGAGAUAGAAGUGGCUGAGUUCCCUAAUAUGAUCGUAGAAAGGUGUGCGUGCACAAUGGACAAUGUGUCCGUAGUAUGAAGUCAUGGAAAACAGCUAUAGUAAUCCCGUAAUCAUUGACUUCUGGGAAGUAUUACAGGAAAUUAUAGUGUUUUUUCAUGGGGGUGUUGGUAUAUUUAAUGGUUUCAAGCAACACGUCUAGUACUUUCU